AUGACUAUUUACAAGAGACGAUCCAGUAAAGCCAACCAGCUCGAAUCCGCACCCGAGUCUGAACCCGAGUACGUUUCUGUGCAGCAACCCCAGCUGGAGCAGGAUUCAAGCAACAUGAAGUUUUUCCAGCACCACAAGGAAAACGAGCCGCACAAGUCCGGCGCAUACACCCAGCAGCGCGAACGUGACUCCAGCGAUGUCAGCGACACGAGUAUCUCAGACCGUUUGCCAGGACGCCGCUCACACGUGACCUACGAUGAUAGCCCGGAGCUGGAGCAGGGCCGCGAGAUCGUCCGCCAGCUCAGUCCCACGAAGAGCCUGGAGGUGCACGAUAGCACCUGCAUAAUGGAAGAAGUCGUGCAGACGCCGUCCCAGGAAAGACUUGCUGAACAGGAGGUUUGGGAGGGCGACGUCGAGCUGCUGCCCAACUCUCCAUACCCAGAGGUCCGUGCCACGGUCACUGUCGAGGACGACCCUACCAUCGUUCUGAACCACUGGAGAACUUGGUUUCUAACCACCAUUUUCGUGAUUGUGUUCGCAGGUGUCAACCAGUUUUUCUCCCUUCGUUAUCCUAGUUUGUCCAUCAAUUUCCUCGUCGCGCAGGUCGUGUGCUACCCAAUCGGUAAGAUUCUAGCUCUGCUACCUCACUGGGACUGUCCUCGUGUUCCUUUUUUCAACUUGAACCCCGGGCCCUUCACCAAGAAGGAGCACGCUGUGGUUACCAUCGCUGUGGCCCUGACUGCCAGUACCGCAUAUGCCAUGAACAUUUUGAACGCCCAGACAAACUUUUACAUGAUGGACCUCAACGUAGGCUACCAAAUCAUGCUUGUGUGGACCACUCAAAUGCUGGGCUACGGAGCUGCCGGCCUAAGUCGCCGUUGGGUCGUUUCUCCCGCUCCCUGUAUCUGGCCACAGACCUUGAUCUCGGUGUCGCUCUUUGACUCUUUGCACAAUACUGCGAUCGACAAGACUAUUGUUAACGGGUGGAGAAUGUCAAGAUACAAAUUCUUCAUGAUUGUCUUUAGUGCCAGCUUUGUGUGGUACUGGGUGCCUGGUUUCCUUUUCAAGGGUCUUUCCUACUUUAAUGUCAUUCUAUGGGGUUCUAAAACCAGGCACAACUUUGUUGCCAACGCCAUUUUUGGUGUGGAAAGUGGCAUUGGCGCUCUCCCCAUCACUUUUGACUACACUCAGAUCUCUCAGGCAAUGACUGGAUCCGUCUUUGCUACCCCAUACUGGGUGGCUGCUAAUACGUGUGUGUCUGUGGUCAUUUUCUUCGUUAUCAUCCUGCCUAUACUGUACUUUACCAACACCUGGUACGCGAAGUUUAUGCCUCUGAUCUCGUCUUCGACCUACGACAACACUCAAAAGAAAUACAACGUACUCAAGAUCUUAAAUCCUGAUUACACCGUCAACCUGGAGAAAUACAAGGCGUAUUCACCUCUUUUUGUGCCCUUCUCUUACUUGUUAAGUUACGCCUUGAACUUCGCUGCCAUCGUUGCUGUUUUCGUCCAUUGCGGUCUUUACCACGGUAAAGACUUGUGGGCUAAACUCAGAGACAAGAAUCACGGCGGUCUAGAUAUUCACAUGAGAACAUACACCAAGAACUACAAAGACUGUCCAGACUGGUGGUAUAUUGUUCUUCAAGUCAUCAUGUUGGGUCUUGGGUUUGCUACGGUUUGUGGGUUUGACUCCGGUCUGCCUGCUUGGGCAUUUGUUGUGGCACUACUCGUGUCUUUUGUCAACUUCGUCCCCCAGGGACUAUUAGAGGCUGUCACCAAUCAACACGUUGGUUUGAACAUUAUUACGGAGUUGAUUUGCGGUUACAUGCUACCUUUGCAGCCUAGAGCUAACGUUUUGUUCAAGCUAUAUGGUUUUAUUGUACAAAGACACGGUCUUGACAUGAGCAGAGACUUGAAAUUGGCGCUGUAUAUGAAGGUGUCUCCCAGACUGAUCUUUGCUAUCCAGAUCUAUGCCUCUUUGUUAUCAGGGUUGGUUAAUGUUGGCAUUCAAGAGUGGAUGAGAUUCAAUAUCAAGGAUAUCUGCUCUACCUCCCAGCCUAACGGUUUCAUUUGUGCAAAUGGUCGUGCUAUUUUCAAUGCAUCGAUUAUCUGGUCGAUGCCACAGUACUUAUUUUCUCCUGGUCGGAUUUACAACCCAUUAAUGUGGUUCUUCCUCAUUGGUUUGAUCGUGCCCUUUAUCGUGUAUGGUCUUCAGAAACUCUUCAAGAGAAACCAGUUCCUGAAGCUAAUACACACACCUGUCUUCUUCACUGGCCCAGGUAACAUUCCUCCAAGCACUCCUUACAACUACACCCUUUUCUUUGCGAUGGCUUUCGCUUUGAACACUAUCAGAAAAACGUGGCCAAGAUGGUUCAUCAAAUACAACUUUGUCAUGGGUGCCGGUGUCGAAACUGGAGUGGCCAUUGCAGUGGUCAUUAUUUUCCUUGCUGUUCAAUACCCUGGUGGUAAAUUAGAUUGGUGGGGGAACAAUGUUUACAAGAAUACUUAUGACCAUGAAUACAAGACAUUCUACAAUCUGAAGUCUGGUGAAAAGUUUGGCUACGAUAAGUGGUGGUAG